CCAGAAACGCAGCGAGCUCUCGGGAGGUUGUCCUCGCUAGCUUUGCCCACGCUGACACAAUGGCGAGCUACUCUCGCGUCCUGCUUCGGAUGCUCCCGCUGCGGCGUUGGCCGCUGUCCCUGGGCCCGGUCUGGCUCAGCGAGCCGCAGCCGGCGUGCAGGCUCCUGUGGCCGUCCAGCCCCAGCUUCGUGGACCGCGUGAUGCACGACGUGGAGAGGCAAUUCCAGGAGAUGGAGAGGAUGAGCCGCGCCUUCUUCCAGGCGUCGCCGCUCCCCGCCUGGGAGCGCGGGGGCCAGAAGGAAGCGCCGGCGGAGACGGGCCAGCCGGAGGGGCAGUACCGCUUCUCGCUGGACGUGGCCGGCUUUACGCCCGAGGAGAUGACGGUGAACCUGGAGGGGAGGAAGAUCACGGUGACCGCCAAGCGCCAACGGGAGAGCGACGGCAAAGACGGCGGCUGCUGGGUGGAACACCAAGAGUUGCGACGGGAGACUCUGCUGCCGCCCGAUGUGGACCUGCAGGCCGUCACGUGCUCUCUGAACCCGGACGGGCAGCUGUGCAUUGAAGCCACGCGCCUGGCCUCGGCCGCGUCCGCGCCGCAAGCCAUCCCCAUCGAUGUAAAGCCAGCCGCCGAUUCGAGUCUCGGCGCAGAGGAGAAGCCCAAGGACGCCUGAGCACCGCGCUUACAAUCCCCCUAUGCAA